AUGACUCCGUCUACGGAACCACUAGCCCCAGAGAGUAUGAGCAAUCAAGCGAUCAAGAAAAAGAACAAGAAGAAGAAUAAAUUAGCCAAGUUAGAAGACCAAAGGGAAGAAAAUGUGAAGCAGAAACCGCAAGAAACCGAAGAAAUUGAGUUGAGGAAAAAAGACAAGAAAAAGCGUAAGAAUGAAAAAGAACGUGAAAGCCAAGCGAGUCACGAAGAAAGUGCUGAUGAGCCUAGGAGGAAAAAGAAGGAGAAAAAGGAGCAGAAGCAAGAAGAAGAAAACGGGGAAUUUAGUGAAACUCAAAAGAUAAAGCAAGAUUCAGUUCAAUUUGAUGGGGAGGAGAAGGUGGUGGUGAGCGGAAAGGACGCUGAAGAAGCGAAAUAUGCGCCGUUGAAAUCAUUUGCCGACUCUAAGUUACCAAAAAAUGUUUUGAAUUGCUGCAAGGAUUUUAAGAGUCCAUCACCAAUUCAGGCUCAUGCCUGGCCCUUUUUAUUAAACGGUCGUGAUUUUAUUGGAAUUGCAAAAACUGGGUCAGGUAAGACCUUGGCAUUCGGAGUACCAGCAAUGAUGCAUGUUUUGGACAAGCGAAAGCGUAUAAAGAACAAGAAUCCUCUUUGUCUUGUACUUUCCCCGACAAGAGAAUUGGCCGAACAAAUAUUUAACGUUUUGUGUAAUGCUGGACAAUCUUGUGAUGUCAAAAGCGUCUGUUUGUAUGGAGGAACCUCUAAAGGACCUCAAAUUUCUUCUUUAAAUUCUGGCGUUGAUAUAGUCAUUGGAACGCCUGGUCGUUUGAAGGAUUUGAUGAAUAUGGAAGUGUGUCAGCUUAAGGAUGUAUCUUUUGUGGUCCUAGAUGAAGCAGAUCGAAUGCUUGACAUGGGAUUUGAAGAUGAUGUUCGGUUUAUAUUGGGAAGGACGUGUUCUGCUCGUCAGAUGGUAAUGUUUAGUGCUACGUGGCCUGCCGCGGUUCAUCGAUUAGCUCAGGAAUACAUGGACCCUAAUCCUGUUAAGGUUGUGAUAGGCUCAGAAGAUUUAGCUGCCAACCAUGAUGUUAUGCAAAUAGUUGAGGUUUUGGAUGAUCGUUCACGAUAUGAGCGUUUGACUGCUUUGCUCAAGAAAUACCAUGAAUCUAAGAGGAAUAGAGUAUUGGUAUUUGUCUUGUACAAGGCAGAAGCUGGUCGUAUUGAAAAUAUGCUUCAAAGAAGUGGUUGGAAUGUUGUUUCUAUACAUGGCGGCAAAGCACAACAUGAACGUACUAAUGCACUAUCAUUAUUCAAGGAUGGAAGCUGUCCUUUGAUGGUAGCUACAGAUGUGGCUGCUCGAGGAUUGGAUAUUCCAGAUGUUGAAGUGGUGAUCAAUUAUAGUUUUCCUCUCACUACAGAGGAUUAUGUACACCGGAUAGGGAGGACUGGAAGAGCUGGUCGGAAGGGUGUUGCUCACACAUUCUUCACGCAGCAGAAUAAGGGACUUGCUGGAGAGCUGGUAAAUGUUCUAAAGGAAGCCGGGCAGAUUGUACCUCCUGCCCUGUUGAAAUUUGGAACUCAUGUGAAGAAAAAGGAGUCCAAGCUAUAUGGGGCUCACUUCAAAGAAAUCGCUGCUGAUGCUCCAAAGGCUAAGAAAAUAACAUUUGACAACUCUGAUGAUGAAAACUGACCCAUUUGGUGCAAAACUCAUGGGAGUCUACAGCAAAAUAUGCAGAAUUGAUUAUAGAAAUUGAUACAUUACUUUUUAUUCUAUUUUUUCCACCUUAUUUAUUUAUUAAACUUUUUUCUUACGGCAGCAAUUGAUCUGAAUAUGAAUCAAUUGCUGAUUGUAUGAACAUGUAAAACCUUGAUUGUUAUUUUCAUUAAAUGGGAUCUGAUUAUAAAAA